UGAAUUAAACUUACUCUGUGUGUGUGUGUGUGCGCGUGUUUUUUACUCAAUUGCUAAAAUCUCCAAUAAAUCAAUCAAUUCAUUUCCCUCCUUUCCUUCAAACAUGCCUUCAUUUCCGUAACCAAAAUAAGAUAAAAUCAGUAAAAAAAAAAAAGAAAAAAGAAAAUGGCGGCGUCAUCAUCAAGUAAUAGUAGUGGAUUUGUAUCUAAAGCGAAAACAGCCUUCCAUUCCGCCGCUGCUAAAGCCGAAAAAGUUUUCACUGAUACUAUUAAAAAAUCGGAUUCUUCCUCCGAUCUAGAUGAUUACGUUAAACAAUCGUCAUCAGUUUCUGAGCAGAUUGAUAUUCCGGCCGAUGUGAUCGUUUCAAAGGAGAAGAAUGCAAGGCGGAGGCCGGAGCCGAUCAAGACGAAGCAGGAUUGGCAGGAAAGAUUUAAAAACAUAAGGUUUGGGAAAAAGGGAGCUCAAGAAGCUGCUGAUAAAACCGAUGAUAAUAAUACAAUGUCUUUUUCAAUAUCUGAUGAAAAUCUGUUACUACCAGGUGGAAGUCCUGUAUCAAAGGAACCAGACUGCAGUUUAUUGGGUUCCGACAACCCGAAUAUUGACGUCAUACCAUCAGCACUUGUGCUUAGGCAAUUGGCCGUUGGUGUUGAGACCACGAGAAUGACCAGGUCGAUGAAAGAUCUUCUCAUUUCAUCUAGAGGGUCUUCACCUGUCAGAGAGAAACCUGGUUUGAACUUUUCCACAGUGAAGUCAUUGGUACUGAGGGAUAAGGAGGAUAAGAUUGAUGUGGAGUUUGGCGCUGAUGAGAAAUUAGUGUCUCUUUUUAACUCUCUGCUUGGUGCAGAAGGACAUCUUGUUGGAAGGAAGAGUAGUCAUUGGUUGGAGACAAAUACAGCAAUUACGUCUUUGCUGAAGGAUCUUCAUGGUGCUCCUCCUGACAGCUUUAUUGUAGAGCUUGCUGAAGCCAUUGGAUGUUUGAAAACUAUUAGGAGAAUGGCAUCAUUUUGGUGCAGGGUUGUAGCAGAACUAAGAAGACUAUGGUGUGAAGGACAACAUAUUCCUGGCAUUCCUGCUGAUAAAGUUCCAGAUUUAAAUUGCUGUCUGUUGUAUCAGCAGUUGCAGGUUAUCAAUUGCUGUAUUUCUAGGAAACAGCGUCGUGCAAUUGCUACAGAAUCACUAGAUUCAGUCUUAAAACAAGCCAAUAUCAAUGAUGACAUGUCACCUUUGAAUGAAGAAACUACUCCAGAUCUUUUGUAUGCUAAAGUUAGCUCUGGAGAACUUGUGCUUAGAUUAGGAGCUGCCGAGCAAUGUGAGAAUUUAACACUGUUGGAAACUGGUGAACGUGUGUAUGCCCCCGUUAUGCAGGAAGAGCCCUUGCUCACAGAAGAUCUUGUCAAGGAAACAGAGGAAUUUAUAUUGCGUACAGGGAGUGUUGGAGCUGGGUGCUCUCAACUCCUUUCAGACAUGCAGGCUUUCAAGGCUGCAAAUCCCGGGUGCAUAUUAGAAGAUUUUGUUAGAUGGCAUUCACCCCCUGAUUGGAUGGAGUCCACAACAGAUGACGAAAAUAAAGAACCUGUUGGUGGUGAUAAUAUGUCAUCUAGAGGACACUUAAGCAUGCGCAUGCAAAAAGAAGGGAAUUUGUGGAGAGAGAUUUGGGAAACCGCAAAACCUGUACCCGCUGUUAAACAGUCUCCAUUAUAUGAUGAAGACUUGUCUGUCGAAGGCAUUCUUCAUGGCUUAGAGGACUUUCCACCUUCUGAUUUUUUUGAACAACUAUACAUUUCUCUUCUGUGCUCAGGAUGUGCAAUUGCAGAAGCCAGAAUUUCAUCAAAUGAAUCUUUGUACAAGCUGUUCCUCGAGUGCAAAGAUUACAUUGUUGCUACUUGUCAAGGAAAAAGUUGGUUUGAGAAAGUUGAUGACAUAUGUCAGGUUUAUGACACAGUGGUGAUGAUGGUACUGAACCCUGACGAGUUCAUAAGGCUCUCGAAGCAUCACCAAGGGGAUGAUACUCCUACAGCUGGUGAACUAAAAGCUCGAUUUCGAAGGCUGAGUUUUGUCUUUGGUAACAAAGACAAGAGUUCCGGGAAAACACCACCAAAAGACCCAAAAAAUGCGGAAGAAAACCCAUUACGUCAAUCUAUCUCAUCGAUGUUUUCAAAGAAACCACCGAGAGCUGGGAGUGCAUCCCCAGCUGAGAAACCAGUUAGUUCAAUUCAGAAUGAUUGGAUAGAUGUAUAAUCAUUGAUCUUACUGUAAAUUUUAUAUGAAUUAAUGAGCUAAAUUUAAUUUCUUGGGGAGUGAUGGGAUUCUGUUUUUUCAUAUACAACAAAGUAACUGUAUAUUAUAUCAUCAAAACACAAUUACAUGAAUGAAAUCUUGAAGUAACUGAA